CAGUUCGCGUGAGCACGCUAGCUGCCUGGCUGGAGAGCACUGCCAAGAGUGACAAGCACGGGCGAAGGAAAGCAGAUCGCUGUCGCUUGUGGACUUUCGCUUGCACUUUCGUUUCACACGUAGAAUGAAAAUCCUUUGUGUCAUCUGCCACGACCUGCUGAUACCAUCCGAGGAUAUAUCCUUCAUUCGUUGCGGACAUGUGUUUCAUUACCACUGUCUACUGCAAUGGCUUGAUAGAUCCCGGACUUGUCCUCAAUGUCGUGACCGAGCGACGGAAAACAGAAUCCAUAAGGCUCACUUUACGUUUUCGAACGCCGAGAUCGGCGCGGAUAACGCGGACAAAUCUCCUCUGCAGGGGAGAAUCGACAGCCUGCAAUUUCAAAUUUUACUGAAUGAAAAGAAUAUCAAGCAUUACACUUCGAAAAAUGCGAUUCUGGAGAAACAAAAUGCUGGCCUCAGGCAGGAAGUGCGAAAGGUGGAAAGCGAGAUCAAUCAGAAAAACUCUGCUAUCUAUGCGUUGAAGGAACAGUUAAACUACUUUAAAGGCAAGAAUCAUACGAAUCUGACAUAUGACAUGCUGAAAAAAAAGCUGUCUCAGAAAGAGAGGGAGAUUAUGGAAUUCCGAGAAAUAACGUCAAGAAAAACGAAAAAAAUUGAAAAACUUCGACAUGAACUUGAAAGACACCGUCAAUUCUUAAAGGAAGAGCGAUUUAAAAGAUCAAAAUCUGAAGUACGUUUAACAUCUUACAAAAAUGAUAAUAUAUCUCUAAAACAUCGAGUUAAUGAAUUAGAAAAAUUGCUUAAGAUUACAUCGGAUCAAAAUUGUAUUACUGAAUCUAAUAUCCAAAGAAACUCCAAUGAAAAUUCUUUGAUUAACAUACAGCCAGUAGAUAUUUGUAACCAGGAAAUAAAUGUAAAACAAGAAACUACAAAUCAAAAUGGUUCAACAUCUUUAGAAACUGAAGUUGAAAUUAUUACUGAUACGGAACAGGAAUACUCUAUAUUUAAUUCUACGUACGAAGAAUGUUCAAUUGUUCCAAAACAAGCGAGAUUAUGUUUGCGAUCAGGUAAUAGUAGUGAUAAGAUAAAUGAUGUAGUUAUGAUCGAUUAGUGACACUGUCGGAAUAAGUUCACAAUCGAAACAGAAGAAAUGUUAAAACUAAAAAGUCUUUCGCGAUAUUAUCAUCCUUAAAAAAUAAGCAUUUGUAUAAAAAGCAAUUCAGUAUAAAAAUUUAUUUUUAUUGCAGUUUAUCUGCUCAAUUUAUAUUUAAUUCUAAAAGAUAAUACACAGAAAAUAACAUUACAUGUAUUCAAAUUUUAUAUAUGUAUUUUAUUAUAUUAAAGUUCCAUUACCUCUUUAUAGUGGAAUCUCUUCCUCAAUUUUAUUUUUAUUUAUUUUUACUUUUAUUUAAACUAAGAAUUCAUUAUAAUCGAAAUUAAUUUUGUUUUUGAUGAUAAAUUAACAAAGUAAAAUUAUCUUUCAUAUUUUAUUUUCUUAUAUAACGUAUAAACAAACAAAAAAGAUUCCAAUUUAAAGAGACAGGUUCCAGAAUAAUGACGGAUGUAAAAUAAAGAAUCUUUACUAAUUUCUUUGCAGUAACUGUUUUAUCUUUUUAUGCACAAUUUAUAUAGCGCAAAUGUGUAGUAUUCCAAUUAAUAUAUUUUAAAUUUUAUAUCAAGGAGAUCCUGAAGUGAAGCAAAUUACUGAUAUUUUUUAAAUUAAUAUAUUUUUUAAAUAUCUUUGAAUUGGCUUUACAGAAUUUCGAAAUUUCACAUAAUUAAAGUAUCCACAAAAAUGAAGAGGGCAACGGUCAAUUUCAUUUCAAUAACAAGAAGUUGUUUAACUGUUAAAAUGAAUUGCUUUAGACACAGUAAGCUAUCAGCUGACGUCAAUAUUUGUUUAAAAUUAAAAUUCUACAGUUUAUAUGUAUAAAAUAAAAUAAUUGCCCUCUAACGAAAACAUAAAAGAUUAAUGUUAUGCUAUUAUAACUAAGAUUUAAAAUCUAGAAAAAAGAUAUUUUCUAAUAAGAAACGUUGGUGAACCCUACAUUAUCGAUCAAGUUUGACGGGCACUCCAGCAUCCUCUUAAUAAUAUAUAUAGUAAUAAAAACAUUAUGUGCAAGAGUUUCGCUUUUCUUCGAAAGUAUAUAAUAGUAAAAGCUGAGAUAAAUAUAAAAAUUUAUAUCUUCUUUAGUUAAUGAUUAAAUGUCAACAUAUUGCAUUGUAAUAAGACAAUGUGUACGUAUUAAUCUACAAUUUUUUAAAUAUAGAGCAUAUAUUUUGUGUGUAUGUGUAUUUGUAGACAUCUACCUCAAGAAAAAUCUGUACGUAAUUCUCAACGUAAUGCAUAACUCAUAUUUGCAUAAAAUUUUAUCUAAUUAA